GGUGCGUAAGUUGAUAUCAGUCGUUGAUUUCUUAUCGAAUAUAUCUUACUUCUCUUUUCAUUCUAUUUAUUUUAGUACCUCUGCUUUAUUUAUAGUGUAUCGUGACAUGUCAUAUAAAAGGUCAAGUCUGCGAAAAUUAACCGAAAGCUAUGUUUCUGGAUCUAGCAAUGCUUCUAUCUUCAACAUCAUGGAGCGAUUUAUUCGUACAGUGCGUGAAAUGGAAGAUACGAUAUUAAUUCCCAGUCGACUUCUGGAUUUAACCGUAGGAGACUCGCAGGAUAGGCUUCAGUUGGAAGGCAUACGCGGUUCUAUCGUGAAAGCAACUAUCGAUAACACCGAUUUAUAUCGGCUUUACAGCAUGAUUAGUCAAAUGAAAAUCGAAAUAUUAUGGUCGCAGGAUCAUAUGAACACUUUUCAAGACGAAAACGAGGAUUCUGAACCAACAGAGAGAUUUAAAUACAUUAAAAGUUCGAGUAGUAUGCAAAGUAUCUGUACGUCCUCCAACUCGGAAUCCAACAUUACGAUUGAAAAUUAUUCCGAAACGGAUGAUGAAGAUGCCGUCAGCCAUGCUGUGCGGUCUUUCAAGAGACACUUGCGCGGAUUGUACCAUAAUAUUGAAAAGAUGACAUUGGCCGCUGAAUAUUUAACACUUAGAUAUCAAAAUGAUAUUGAUGCUUAAAUAUAACCAUUUAUUGACCGGCUAAAGCUAUGUAUUUGUAUUU